CUGGCUUAAGCUGACUUUAUAUAAGGAUGCAACCAUCCACGCAAAGUUCUUAAUAAAGGUAACUGCCACGGCCAACACAAUGAUUUCGUGUACAAUAUUACUGCUGCUGUCGGUCCAGGCGAUAGCUCAGUCAGACUUAUGGUGGUGUCAGGUGUAUCCACAGUGGUGUCAAGGAGCAGCAACAACAACAACAACAACAACAACAACAACAGCAGCACCGACCACAACAAGGGGCCAGCUUUCAUGGUGCGAGAUGUACCCCUGGUGGUGCCAAACAACCGUAGCCUCCACUGUUCCAUCUUGGUGUCAGCGCUAUCCCUGGUUAUGCCAAACAACAACUGAAACACCAACUACAACAACCGCACCAAGCUCAACUUGUGAAGGUUGCAUCUGUGGGUAUCUUCUGGAGCACUGGCGAUAUAGAACUUGGAACAUGCAGGCAUGUGGGUCUGGCUACCCACCAGCUGUACAGGGAGCCAGUCUCCCGUGUCCUGGAUGUGCAUGUCGCCAGUGCAAAUGUAACCUGGUAAAACAGCAGUUUGGUCAAGAGCAAUGUCCUCGCAUAGGCAGACGCAAGCGUCAGUCUACCUGGGGCAAUAAUAUCUGCACGCUGAUGCCAUGGAUCCAAGGUUGCACUCAGACGACAACAACACUACCGCCACCUUCAGAUUGCAGAAAUUGCGACUGUGAUUUUCUCCUGGGGGAAUGGCGAAGUCGAUGUGGACAAUCCACUCCACCACAAGGAUAUAUGAGCACGAACCAGUGUCAAGGAUGUUCCUGUCAAGAGUGUAUUUGCAGGUUUAUAAGGAACACAUACAACUCUGUAUGCUUGCGUUUGACAACGGAACCGCUUCCAGUGACAGCCCCCUUCAGUGCCACGCCCACAGUAAUUGACAACAAUUCUACCUCACCAACAACAGUGUCAACAACACAACCCUCGACAACUGCACCAACAACGAAACCAACAAGAGAAUCCAUGUCAACAGUAACAUCAACUGAAACUGCAGCAACAGAACUAACAACAGAAACCAAGACAACUACAGCAAUAACAUUACCUACAACAGAAACGAAGACAACUACAGCAACAACAAUACCAACAACAGAAACCACCACAACCGUACCUACAACGGUUACUGCUCCUAUUUCAGUGUCAGUCACGCCGCCGACGACUCCACCGCCGACAACACCGCCACCGACAACUCCGCCGCCAACAACACCGCCACCGACGACUCCACCGCCAACAACACCGCCACCGACAACUCCACCGCCAACAACUCCGCCGCCGACAACUCCACCUCCGACAACUCCACCGCCGACAACACCGCCACCGACCACUCCGCCGCCGACUACUCCGCCGCCGACUACUCCACCGCCGACAACUCCACCGCCAACAACUCCACCGCCAACAACUCCGCCACCGACAACUCCACCGCCGACAACACCGCCACCGACCACUCCGCCACCGACAACUACAGCCCCGCCGUGCCCCUGCAGGAGCCCGUUCACGUUCACUGACCAUGCGUGCAAUACCCAGGCCGAGUGUGGCGGCCCGUGCAGCUACUACGUGGGGAUGCCCUUUGCCAGCACUGGGGCCGCGGGAAUGUGCCAGUCUUUUGGGGGACAUUUGGUGAAAUUUACGACGGCAGCUUGUUGGAGUGCGUUGGAGACUUACCUUGCUGGACAAUUGGGUGCUCAAGACGUCACGAUGUUCACCUGUGGCAAAGUGACCAGUUUUAACGACCCCACCCUAGUCAUCAACUGGUGGUGUCCUGGUGUUUGUGGCGGCACCGCGUCCACCGUGAGUAUCGACGACUUUGCACGAGCCACGCCCUUCGUACCGCCGACAGCUGGAGACUGCAUCGCCGUCCGUUAUACCCAGAACAACAUCCAUCUGCAGUUUGUCGACUGUGCCUCCAACCACCACUUUAUCUGUCAAGACACUUGUCCUUGAGGAUCGCCAUAGAGGAUCGCUUUAGUCUAACCUGUCCAUGUUAUAAAAGCCAAAUAAUAAGCUUUUGUCUGUUAUAUAGAUAAUUCCAUGAAAUCUUAACGAUUUUCAAACAGUAUAUUUAAUCUUGUGAUAAUUUGUGUUCAUCAGAAUAGCUUGUGCACAAGACAUUCCAAAAAAUAAAAAAAAAUCGUUUCUCUUUCCAUUUCGUUUCUAUAUGUUUAUUUAUUUGCUUUUAAGAUACAAGAAUGACAUAUAUAUAACUUAAUAGUCGGACAUUUAUUCCUUGAAACGCACGGUAGAUCAUUUGCAAGGAAGGUGCGGUUUUAUAAUAAUAAUAGUAAAU